GUUGUGUCCAUGCAGAGGAGGGACAUGUGGGCUGAAGGUUGUUGCUCUUAUAAAAAGGCCCGGUUUCUCCCACCAUCAGAACGCUGUCAAUCAGUCCAGAGUGAGGAGGCUUCACAGACACACACACUGACACACACACAGACACACACACGCCUGGUCGGCUCUAGCUCGAGGAGGAGGACACCGGGGGGGCAGAAGGUCUGCUAGAUCUGCUCUCACAGACGAGGACAUGGAGGAGAAGGCCGGGGAGUACUUGGUGCAGAGGAGGGUUCUGGAUGAGGUGCGUCUGGAGGAAGUGGCCCAGAAGGGGACGUGGUCCACGAAACCCACCGCAGGGGAACGGAUCAAGGAGUCUUUCAGGUGUUCGGGGCCCAGACUGAAGCAGGUGGCGCUGAGCUGGAUCCCGCUUCUCAGCUGGCUGCCUCGCUACUCCUUCAGAGAGAACGCCAUCGGGGACCUGAUCUCCGGCUGCAGCGUGGGCAUCAUGCACCUGCCCCAGGGCAUGGCCUACGCCCUCCUGGCCUCCUUGCGCCCGGUGUACGGCCUCUACACCUCCCUCUACCCGGUGCUGGUCUACUUCAUCUUCGGUACUUCCAGACACAUCUCCAUUGGUACCUUUGCCGUGAUCAGCAUCAUGGUGGGCAGCGCCACGGAGCGGCUGGCUCCGGACGCCAACUUCCCGAUGAACGGCACCAACGGGACGGGGGCCGUGGACCUGGACGCGCGGGACGGGUUCAGGGUUCAGGUGGCCUGCUCCCUCACCGUGCUGGCAGGGAUCUUUCAGAUCCUGCUGGGAAUAGUGAGGUUUGGCUUCGUGGUCACCUACCUGUCCGAGCCGCUUGUUCGAGGCUACACCACGGGGUCGGCGUGCCACGUGUGCGUGUCCCAGCUCAAGUACCUGUUCGGGGUGAAGCCGGCUCGCUUCACCGGGCCGCUGUCCCUCAUUUAUACUCUGGUGGACAUCUGCUGCCUGCUGCCGCAGACCAAAGUGCCGGAGCUGGUGGUCAGCCUGGUCACUCUGUCGGUUCUCAUCGUGGUCAAAGAGAUCAACGGCUGCUACAGGAGGAAGCUGCCUCUUCCCAUCCCCAUCGAGAUCAUAGUGAUCAUCGCAGCAACAGUCGCCACGCACUUUGGAGGACUGACGAGUAAAUACGACGUCGAUGUGGUUGGAGAGAUUCCCAGUGGGCUCAAAGCCCCCCAAGCUCCAGAUACCACGUUGUUCUUGCAGGUGAUCGGUGAUGCUUUUGCUGUGGCCAUCGUGGGCUACGCCAUCAACAUCUCUCUGGGUAAAACAUUCGCCCUCAAACAUGGCUACAAGGUGGACAGCAACCAGGAGCUGGUGGCUUUGGGUCUCAGUAACGCCAUCGGCGGAUUCUUUCAGUGUUACUCCGUCACGUCGUCUUUGUCCCGCAGCCUCGUCCAGGAGAGCACAGGCGGGAAGACGCAGGUUGCCGGGUUGAUCUCGUCCGUCAUCGUGCUCGUCACCGUUUUGAAAAUAGGUUCUCUCUUCUCAGAUCUCCCCAAGGCCGUCUUAUCCACGAUAGUGUUUGUGAAUUUGAAAGGAAUGUUCAAGCAGUUCACGGACGUCCCUCUGCUGUGGAAGACCAACAAGGUGGAUCUGCUGGUGUGGCUGGUCACGUUCACCAGCACCAUCCUGCUCAACCUGGACCUCGGCCUGGCGGUGUCCAUCGCCUUCUCCUUGCUCACCGUCAUCUUCAGGACGCAGCUCCCCCGCUAUUCAAUCUUGGGCCACGUUUCAGGCACUGAUCUGUAUCUGGACACCGACACCUACAAGGAGGCCAGAGAGAUUCCGGGGAUUAAAAUCUUCCGUUCGUCCACCACCAUCUACUACACCAACGCGGAGAUGUACCUGGAAGCCCUGCAGGAGAAGAGUGGAAUUGAAAUCGGGAAGCUGCUGACGGCCAAGAAGAAGCGAGACGCCAAGCUGAAGCGCGACCAGAAGAAAGAGAAGGCUAAGAGCAAGGCAAAGAAACGACAGAGACAACCCUCCAAGAUGGCUGAGAGGAAGGUCUCCUUGGACGACCUCGGCCGGGUCAACGAGGCCUUCCAGCACGACGCUGCCACCUCGGGGUCGGACUCGGAGGCGGGUUGCCAGAGCGACGCGGAGAAGGGAAUGGAGAAGGGAAUGGAGAAGGGAAUUCCGCGCCUGUCGGCCACUCACAGCGUUGUCCUGGACGUCGCCACCACCAGCUUCGUGGACACGGUCGCCGUGACAACCUUGAAGAAUAUGUUCAGGGACCUGGGAGAGAUCGACGUGGAGGUCUACCUCGCCGGCUGCCAAGCGUGUGUGGUGGAGCAGCUGGAGGCGGCAGGUUUCUUCACGGAGUCCCUCCCAAAGAGCCGCCUGUUCGUCAGCGUGCACGACGCCGUGCUCCACGUCCUCGGGGCUCGAGGGCCGGACGACUUUGUUCUCGAUGUGUGCACCACUCCAAUGUAACCAGCAGGGGUCAGACUGCUCCACCUUCCUCCUCCUCAAAGGCUGCUGCAUUGCUCAUUGCCCCCCCCACCCCCCCUCUCUCCUCCAACCCACUUUAUUGUGAGAAUGCACCACCUUAACAUGGCGGCCGGUUGCCGUGGAAAUGCAGGGAGCCGUCCCCAUGGCAACAGACUUUUUAUGAUAUCUCCAUAAUGGGAGAGCCGACACUACGUCACUGCUGCUCUCUGUGGUGUGUGUGUGGGUGUCUGUGUGUGUGUGUGGGUGUGCAAGGCAGAUGGGGGGGGGGCUCUGUAUUUAUAGCCCCCCAGUGAGUCAAAGGUUGAUCAUCAACAGUCUCCAACUGAUCCACAACAAACCGAUGUAAAUAUUGGACGUGCCUGUGGGUCGUGCUCUUCCAUCCUCCCCCACCCUCAUGUCUUCAAGAGAACAGAUGGUGUUAAGUUUCCAAUGAGCAGCGUAUUUAUAGUCCGUAUUCAUGUCUGAUUCCUCUCACAUCUUCUGCUAUAUUUGGAUCCAAUUUUACCACCUGCUACCAGUCUAGAGGCUAUCAGAGGCUACUCCAGCUAUCAGAGGCUACCAAAGCUAUCAGAGGCUACCCCAGCUAUCAGAGGCUACCAAAGCUAUCAGAGGCUACUCCAGCUAUCAGAGGCUACCAACGCUAUCAGAGGCUACCCCAGCUAUCAGAGGCUACCAAAGCUAUCAGAGGCUACUCCAGCUAUCAGAGGCUACCAAAGCUAUCAGAGGCUACCCCAGCUAUCAGAGGCUACCAAAGCCAUCAGAGGCUACCAAAGCUAUCAGGGGCUAACAAAGCUAUCAGAGGCUACCAAAGCUAUCAGAGGCUGCUCUAGCUAUCAGAGGCUACCCCAGUUAUCAGAGGCUACCCCAGCUAUCAGAGGCUGCUCUAGCUAUCAGAGGCUACCCCAGUUAUCAGAGGCUACCCCAGCUAUCAGAGGCUACCCCAGUUAUCAGAGGCUACCCCAGCUAUCAGAAGCUACUCUAGCUAUCAGAGGCUACCCCAGUUAUCAGAUGCUACCCCAGCUAUCAGAGGCUACUCCAGCUAUCAGAGGCUACCAAAGCUAUCAGAGGCUACCAAAGCUUUUAGAGGCUACCAGAACUAGCAAAGCUAUUAGAGGGUACCACAGGUAUCAGAGGCUAGUAGAGCUAUCUGAGGCUACCAGAACUACCAAAGCUAUCAGAGGCUGCCAGAACUAGCAAAGCUAUUAGAGGGUAUCACAGCUAUCAGAGGCUAGUAGAGCUAUCAGAGGCUGCCAGAGCUAUUAGAGGCUACCACAGCUAUCAGAGGCUACCAAAACUUUUAGAGGCUACUAGAACUAGCAAAGCUAUUAGAGGCUACCAAACUAUCACAGGCUAUCAUAGCUAGCAACCAGCUAAAGUAACUAUAUCUUUUAUGAUUGAAUUUGACACUCUGAAUCAUGUUCAUUUAUGUCACCUUCGGGCAGGUCUCAUCUGCUGUCUGAAGGUGUGUUGUGCACUUUGUGUAGGUCCAACAAAAUGAUUUCAGAUGAAACACAAGUAAUCAUGAACGAGGUCACACUCAACGGGGGGGGGGGG